UAACGCAUCAGAAAACAAGCAAUACCGUCAAAAUGCUGGACAUCGUAGCACAAACGGAUGUGUCUGGCCGUCAUACAGACAACACUGACGAGUAUCUGGGAAUUAUGCUUAUCAAGGUGGUACUGGACAUAGUGGUCCUCUCCUUCAGCGGCCGGAAACUGUCCACCUCCUUUUUAAGUAUGUGCAGUCUGUCCAUCGUCCUGGCUGACUCUGUGAUGGUGCUUCUUUUCUCAAGCUUGUUAUUUCUUGGACCUGAAAGGUAUCUCAUGUCCCUCUGCUUCAUCUUGGCCAAUGCCUCUGCGAUAUAUGAAGCACUGCCGCUGCCCCUGAUUUGCCUGGGUUUAUUGGACUGCUGUUUAGAAGGUACCUACCUCGGCAAACAGAGCGCCUUCUCCAAAUUCCUAAGGCACACCGCCUUGACAUUGCUGGUGUGGAUCCUAGCUGUCAUUUGGUUUGGUUCUGUCAAAUUGGAUUCGAUGAAACUGGAUUAUCAGGAAAGGCUAUCAGUUCUAGUGUGUGAAGUACGGGAGUCUACACUGAUCAACUACUUCAUUUUGGGGCUUUUCUCAGCGGUAGGUUGUACAAUGCUGCCCUUUUACUCAAUGAUUCCUAAGUGGGUGGGCGAGGCCAACAGGAUAUCUGAAGCGAGGGAAGAACCAGAGAACCAGAGCAGCGACUUGUUGUUCACCUCAACUGACUGCACGGAGACAAAAGGCAUUGAGGAGAAUCCACCGGAGGAGACCGUCUAUCCGCGCCCGCCUCUGUGGUUCAGCCUAAUACUGGGCUUUAGUCUAACUUGGAUGCCUUAUCUCGUGAUGUCUGUGGUCUGCAUGUUGCUCAGCUUUGGAGUACCUGCCUACAUCACUGUUAACCUUCUGUGGGUGGAGUGCACCAACAGUUUCCUGACGGGCGUGAUGUUCUGGGCAAACAGCAACAAACAAGGACCGUACAGCCUCCCAGAAAACGUGUGCCCGUGGCCCAUUUACUGGCAUUUGAGCAGAGGAACACGACAGCAGCCAUUCCCUGCAGCUGUGUCGAACCCGUCCAAAGAGAAGAGCCACACCCUCCUCUAUGUGUAACAGAGAAAGACAUCAACAGUGAACCUGUUACACGGCAGACCUGACAGCCAAUAGCAAAUGAGAACCAUGAUGCGAGAAAGUCAGUGAAGACUUGAGCUGGCAACUAUGAAUAGUUCACCUGUGUACAUGUAAACUGACACCUACACACAGACACGCAUCUUUCACCUCUCCAUCGGCACAUGCUUUUGAGCAACAGCAAAAUGUUGCCGUUGACAAGAGUCUGUGACUGGACUUUAAAAUAGAAUUCUUUGAGUUGGUUGGGGGGGGGGUUCAGGUUUUGCUGAACGCUUGGAUCAUUAAGCUAAACUUUUGUAAAUCCACAUUAUUUUUCUCCAUUAAUUUGUAUGUUUGUCAUGAAGGACUUUUUAAAGAUACCUUUAGACUUGAGGGAAAUGCUAUGUUGACUUAUAUCUAUUCUCUUUUAACUUUCUGUCCCAAACAGGUAUAAAUGUUUCG